UUGUACACACGUCGCCUGUUGCCUCGCACUUUCCAAAGUGGCGUCGAUUUUGUUUUGUGUGCUUUUGAUUCCUUUUAAACAUUCCAAUUUAAAAUAGUGUUAAUAUAUUUUAGCCAGAAAAACGCGUUAUUGUUAGAAUAUUGUUGAGUUUAAAUGUAACAUAGAAGGAUAAACGUUUAAGAAACAACAACGAUGGAAGCCCGCUUGUGUCGAUUGUGCCUCGCUCCAAACUGCGGUCGGAUUCCGCUGUUCAACGAGAUGACCAUGACACCGAACGUACUCCUGAUCCAGAAGGUGGUCGAAUGUACCUCGAUCAAGAUAACGGCCGAGGACGACUACCCGUCGUCGAUUUGCGCCGAAUGUGAGCGCAAGCUGAACGAAUUAUCGGCGUUCAAAAUCCAGUGUAUCGUGAACAACGAUUUCUAUCGGGAGAAGCAGGCGGAACUGAGGAAAAAGCAGCUGUCCUGCAGCCAGCAACCGACGGAAGUGGUUUGCUUGGAUGACGACGACGACGACGAAGAAGAGGUGCAUUAUGCGGAGGAAGAGGAAGAACAGAGGCAGCAGGGAACGGAUGGUUAUUUCGAACAGCCGGAGCAACCGGUACAGAAGAAAACCCGAAUCGAAGAGGUUGUGAUUGAGGACGACGAGGAGGACUACGAGGAGUUCAACCUGGAUGACUUCGAGCUGGUGGAAGGCCAGGAAGUGGAUCAGUACUACCAGCAGGAGGAGCCGGAGUACAUAGACAACAACGCCAUCUUGACGUCGAUUCUGCUGGACGACGAAGAAGAUGAUAACGACACUGGGAACAAUGCGCUACUCAUAGACCAGGGCCAUUACGAGAAGAUCUAUCCGUACGAGUGCGAGUUCUGUCGGAGGCGGUUCUCGUCGCUCACGAAGCUGGAAUCGCACGUCAAAACGCACUCGCAGAACCGGAUGAAGUGCUUCAUCUGCGGGCGGAUGGUGGUGGUACACUUGCUGAGGCACCUGCGCACGCAACAUCCGGGGAUGGCUUUUCCGGAGCCGGUGCGCUGCUGGCACUCCAAGUGCGCCGACUUGGACGAGGUCUUCCUGGAUGUCACCCAGCUGCUGGCACAUAUGGACACAAAGCGGAGAAGGCGGUAGGAAAGGGAACUGGCUGGGGGGAAAAUGUGGAAUAAAGUGCCUUCUUGCGAGCGCGGAAACGAAAACUCGAGCUGGGGCGAGUCUAGUGAAACGCUUUUUAAAUUGUAAAUGACAAUCAAACCUGAUGAGACUGUACAUACACAACACAAGCUAUUUUUGUGCAUUCGCUCAAACCGAUAGAUGCAAUAAACGAGUAUUUUUAUCGCGAAGCUUUUUAGCUACGAAGCUUA